AGCCCAGUGAAACUACAUAUCCUGGUACCGCCUACUUACAGCCUGUUCCAAUCCACCAAACAGACGAGGCAUAAUUUUUUUCUGACUCGCCUUAAAAGCACCAUCGCUGGUUCUCGCGCAGCCGCAGUUCCAUGUAAACACAACUGAGGUUGUAUCUUGGGGCUAACAUCAGUGGCUCAGUUUAGCUGAUGGGGAUUUUUUUCUCGGGCUAUUGUACAACAGUUUUUUUUAAUCGUCGCUUUAGAGAAACGAACGUCAUUACUCUUAAUGUUGGACUCGACAAACUUAUGAAGAGCACCGGCUGAGAAGGCUAGCUCGCGUUGACGUUAGCAUUAGCUUGUACCUGAUGAUAAAGGGCUUUAGCCUGACUUGUUAUCUAACUAACCUGUCGAUUUAACAAUUAAAUCGUGUAGCGGUGGCCCUAUAUCGUUGUACGGUCGUUGUGUUGGUAUGGUAGGAUGACUUAUAACGCCACGUCAUUAUCUGGUGUAAUUAUCUAGCCAGAAAGAGCUAGUUUUGUUAAUUCAGGCGCUAGGCCUUCGACGGACGUCGUACAAGCUACGAUUCUCGAGUCGGCAACAUCAACUCGCCACGUCCUUCAGUCAAGUCCUAAGAAACACACAAAAGGGAGAGCUGACUGAUUUCGUGACAUCAUAUGUUGACUGACAACAGGAAACGACAGCGCAGUGGCGGUGGUGAUGAGGAGAGCGGCCACCUGGUGCCCCAAGCCAAAAGGCAAAGCAGAGCUCAUCCUCUCUCUCCUGAGACAGGCCGGGAUGCCUGGGACUCUGAGUCGUCCAACAGCGAGAGCAGCAGCAGCAUCAGCAGCCCGGAACAUGCAGCUGGGAGCUGUAGCAGUCGGUGUGCUGUGGGCUCCUGUAGCCCCCUCAGCUCUGGCGACUCUUCAGAACUGCCCGGCUCCACAAACCUGGUGUCCUACCUGCAGAUCAACCGGGUCCUGAAGGAGGCCCACUUCCAGAGCCUGCAGAGCCGAAACCAUGUCAGAGACACAUGAUGACUCGCCGUCUCUCCGUCAGCCGGACGUCCAAGAGACCAAAGUGUGUUGGACCGCCACAUGCUGAAUCACUUCACUUAGCUCUUCCCCACCCAUCUCCAGUUACUGUGAAAUCUCACAGCUCUGCAUAUCUGUGGUUGGAGAGCAGCUCCUUGUCAGGUAUCUGAAGGGUGUUCACCAUACAAAUAAAUCAAAGUGAUAAUCAUGUUAGCAAUAAUAACUGUGUGAUCCAUUCAAACAUAUUUUGUGAUCCACUGGAUUUCUGACAAGUUUGGUUUACAUGUCGCUCCAAGAGCCUUUUUAGUGACUGACUGAUGACGAUGAUGAUGGUGAUGAACCCCUGUGUUUUAAAUAUUGUAUGAAAAUAGUGCUACUGGAGCUGCACAAAUGGCACCAAACACAAUUUUCGGCAGGUUAGUGUGAUUGAUUUAGUCUCCUAGUAGGGUUGUUUUUUUUGCUGAACCUGUCUGUGUUUGUACAUGGACCAGUCUCAGGGAGGAUUUGCACUUGUCUUGGGCUGCUUGUUUGUUUUCAUAUUCAGAAGGGGCCGCUGUUACUGGGAGCUGUAGACGCCAUGGGUCUUAACUUGCCCUUGGAAGCUCUUUUCUCUCCUUACUUUGUUAGUGAAUAGCAUUUAAAUAUCUUGUCAGUAGAUUCCACUUGGACGUAACGGGAGAGUCAAAACAUGCAGUGACUUGGUUUUUGCUCAGAUCAGAAAUGAAAAUGAAACAAUUUCACUGCCAAAAUAAUUGAAUUGAAUUAUGUGUAAAAUUUGACCUAAUUUUGAGUUAAAAAAUCUGGUACCUUUUUUCUUUUCUUUUUUUAAUUCUGUAUUUAACUAUAAUUAUUGUGCAGAUUUGCAGCAUUGGCAGUUAACAGUCCCCAGGUGUUGCUUUCAAGCACUCACCAGCAUUUUACCUAAUUAUUUUUCUCAUAGCAUGUCAAAAGUAAAUUAUUUCAGCCAGUGUGCCCUUUGUUAGUCAACAUCGCCCACCCAAGCUUCUCAUGAUUACUGGACGAGAAUCUAAUGUGGUCAAUGUACAAAUUUGAGAACGUAGUUGCUGUAAACACCCGAUGGAAAGAAGCCAACGCCUACUUGAAAAGAAGUCAUGACAGAAUGACAUCGGGGUCCUGUUUGCAUUUUGCUUCCUGUCAUCUUGUUGUGGCUUCUCCCCUCCGCUCUGUGCUCACGUAUACAUUGUUUUGAUUUCAGAAUUAAACACAGUUGUUACAAACUGAUGACAACUACAACCAAA